AAUCAUCUGGUAACGUUACAUUUCUUUUCAUUACUCCUCAAAUAGUGACAGAAAAAAUAAGUUGAACUGAAGCAAGAAAAAAAAAGCGCGUCACCUAAUAGUUUUUCUUUUGUGUUUUUUCUAAUAAAAUAAAAAGACAAUGGCCGAUUCCGAUGAUGAGUACGAUCGCAAGAGACGCGAUAAAUUCCGUGGUGAACGCAGCUCAGGGGAUAGUUAUCGUUCUGAGAGACGUGAUGAUAGGCGUGGUGGUGGCAGCGGCGGUGGUCGUGAUGAAUGGCCCGAAAGAGGCAAUCCCUUUAGAGGAGGAGCUGCCAGUAGAGCACGUUCUGAUUACCGAGAUUUUCGUGGUCCCCGUGAUCGUUACGGUUCACCCGGUCGAGAAAUGCCACCAGCUAAACGUAUGCGUCAAGAUUGGGGUGAUGAUUUAAGAGGAAAUCCCAGAUUUGGACCCUAUGAUCCUUAUCUUAUGCAUGCCUGGAAUGAACAUUAUGCUGCCCAUGGUUUACAUGGUGCCUAUAGUGCUGCACUUUCUCACAGUAUUCAUUCGCGUGAGUCAGCUGCCAAUACCGAUCUACAAACACAACCCGCCAUGAUGACUUUAAAGCAAUUUUUGGAUACUCAAGAUGAUGGCAUUUCGGAUACUGAAGUUUUACGCAAAUAUAAUGAAUAUAAAUUGGAAUUUAAACGUCAACAAUUAAAUGAAUUCUUUGUGGCCCAUAAGGAUGAGGAAUGGUUCAAGAACAAAUAUCAUCCUGUGGAUAGUGUUAAACGUAAGGAGGAACAAUUGAAUUUCCUAAAGAGACGCGUUGAGGUAUUCGAUGAUCUGCUAAAGAGUGGCAUGAUCGAAAAGGUUUCCGUAGAUACCACACAAACUGAACCUUUAUUACGUGUUCUAGAUACAGUGGUCAUUAAACUCGAGGGCGGUACUGAUGAUGAUCUGAAAAUACUCGAUGAAAAGCCCAAAGAAGCCUCAUAUCCAGAACGUGUCUUUGAAAAGAAAAACGACAAUGAUGAUGAUGUCAUUAUAACAUCGGUAGAGAAGAAACAUAAUGACGAACCAAAAUGUGUUUCGCCACGGCCAAUUAAUCGCCAUAAGAAAGGGUCAGAUGAUGAAGACAAUUGGGAUGAUGAGGAGAAUAAUGAGGAAAGUGCUAAAACAAAAGCCAAAGAAAAAUCCGAAGAGAAAAAGAAGAAAUCUAUGAAACGUAAAAGAACUAGUUCGGAUUCAUCAUCUUCCUCAUCAUCGGAUUCAGAUUCUAGCAGUUCAUCGUCGAGUAGUGAAGAUGAGGAUGAUGAAAAGGUUAAAAGUAAAUAUGAUUUAGAAAGUUUGAAAAAGGAAGAUGAUGUAGAGAUGGAGGACAAGAAAAAGGAAGACGAAAAGAUGGAAGAAGAUAAGGAAGAGGAGAAGGAAAAGGAAGAUUCUGACGAGAAAAAGGAAGAAAAGGUAACAAUUGAAGAAACUAAAGAGACAGAAGAAGUUAAGGAAAAUGGUGAAGAAACCCAAAGUAAAGAAUUAACAAAUGACGUAGAAGAAAAACCCGAAAAACUUGAAGGUGAAGAAAAAUCAGAAGAUAAAAGUGCAGACACUUCUUUAGAAGAAGACAAAGAGGAGAAAAAAGAGGAAGCCCAAAAAGAAGAGACUAAAUUGGAAGAAGAAAAAGCCAAGCAAGAAGAACAACCCGAAACUAUAGAUUUAGACAAGGUUAAAGAUGGUCCACAACCAAGAGCAUUACAUCGUACCUCUUCCAUAUUCUUGCGCAAUUUGGCACCCUCCAUAACCAAGGCCGAAAUAGAGGCUGUGUGUCAAAAAUUCGAUGGUUAUUUGCGUGUUGCCAUAGCCGAUCCUUUGGUAGAAAGACGUUGGUAUCGCCGUGGUUGGGUGACAUUCAAGCGUGAUGUUAAUAUCAAAGAAAUCUGUUGGAAUUUAAAUAAUACACGUCUACGUGAUUGUGAAAUGGGAGCCAUUGUUAAUCGUGAUCUUAGUCGUAGAGUGAGACCGGUUAAUGGCAUGACCGCACACAAGACCAUAGUACGAGCAGACAUUAAGUUGUGUGCCAAAAUCGCCAUGAAUUUGGAUGAGAAAUUUAAGUUAUGGCAAACCGAAAAGGAAGAAAAUAAAGAAGAAAGUAGCUCCAACACCAACGACGCCAAUGCGUCCUCAACAGCCCCAGAUGCCAAUAACGAACUUAACAAUUCUUCCUCAUCGUAUGGUUUCAAAACCAAUAAUCCUGUUUUGCAAAACAUUACCGAUUUCCUAAUCGAAGAAGCCUCCGCCGAAGAGGAAGAACUUUUGGGAAUCUCCGGUGACAACAAGGACACAGAGGGUGAAGCCAUCGAAAGAGAUCCACAGCUGUUAACAGUACUCGACAAUCUUAUCUUAUAUUUGCGUAUUGUACACUCAGUAGACUUUUACAAUCACUGCGAGUAUCCCUAUGAAGAUGAAAUGCCCAAUCGUUGUGGCAUUAUACACGCUCGUGGUCCACCACCUGCUAAAGUUUCACAAAACGACAUGCAAGAUUAUAUAAAAAAUUUCGAAAGUAAAAUGCAAACUUUCCUUGCCAAGAGCACACCCAUCGAUGAGGAAGAUUUGAAAAAUCUCGGCAGUAAAGAUACCGAAGCCGAAGUGGAGAAAUUCAUUCAAGCUAAUACCCAAGAAUUGGCUAAAGACAAAUGGUUGUGUCCACUGUCUGGCAAGAAAUUUAAAGGUCCCGAAUUUAUACGCAAACAUAUAUUCAAUAAACAUGCCGAAAAGGUUGAAGAGGUACGCAAAGAAGUUGAAUUCUUUAAUAAUUAUCUUAAGGAUCCCAAGAGGCCACAAUUACCAGAACAUCCUGGUAAUAAUAAACGUACAACGUCGGAAUCCAGUGGAGGUUACAGAGCACCUGUAUAUCCACCCGCAUAUGCACCACCCUAUGCAGCUUAUGCACCACCUCUUAUGAUACCAGGACGUGGUGGUAGGGGUUUUGGUGGUCCAGGACGCAGAGAAUUGCCCAUAGAACAUCAACGUCGUAUAAUCGGUUAUCAUGAUUUGGAUGCUCCAGCCAAUUUUGAUAUUUUCGACUAAAUAGAAAAAGAAAAUGUUUAAUUGAAGUUGGUUGUUAAUGAUGGUGUUUAUGUGUCUGUGUGUGUGUAUUUGGCUCCUAACUACUAUCUAUAUAUAUAUAAAAUUUUUAAGUAUGAAAACGUAGAAAAUUCUUUGCAAACUU